CAAUAUUCACAGUUUGACCCCUGGAUCGGCACCAUCCGUAAAGAACGAGGCACGCACGCAACAACCCCCAAAUUCAGAGUCCAACAGAGCAGUAGUCUAGAGAUAGAAAUUAGAGAGCUCGAGAGAAACAGGUAAAAUGGCGUCGGGAUGGGGGAUAACCGGAAACAAGGGGCGGUGCUAUGAUUUCUGGAUGGAUUUCAGUGAAUGCAUGUCCCGCUGCCGCGAGCCCAAGGAUUGCACACUCCUCCGUGAAGAUUAUUUCGAGUGUCUCAACCAUUCCAAAGAGUUUCAGCGCAGGAACCGAGUCUACAAAGAGGAGCAGCGUCAACUGAGAGCAGCUGCAGAGAAGGCCAAGGGAGGUGGGGUUGAUGUUCAUCACUGAGAAUCAUUACUUUUAUCUUCGUUCGAUUGAGUGAAAAUAGGGGUUGGAAGUAAUUUGUUUUCUUCGAUCUUUCUUGAAAAUAAAAAAAAACACGAAGCAGUUGUAUUUAUGUGCUGUGGAAUGUUGAAUACAAGAAUGUAUUUCGCAGCUUGAAGAAUGGAUAUUUGCCGGAAAAAACCCGACCAGGUGUAUGUUUUUUGUUGUAUGGAUACUUGCCAUUUGUUCUGGCACUGAGAGAUGCUUUUGUUUGUUCACUUUGUUAACCUUAACUCGUUU